CUAUGUUGUUAACUGUUUACUUUACCCCUUGAGAAACACCACCAGAGGUGCUCGCAGACAUCACCAGCAACACUCUCCUGAAGCAACCCCAUCACUAACACUACCAACUAGUUCAACCUCCUCAGCUACCUCCGCAUCUUCACGGCCGCCGACCCGUCAUGGAUCGACAUCCUGCUCCUUGUAGUCGGCACACUGUCGGCCGCAGCAGCGGGCAUCCCUUUCCCGCUGAUGGGCAUCCUCUUCGGCGAGCUAGUCGACGACAUGAACGGCGCGACCUGCGCCUCCUCCUCGUCCUCCUCCUCAUCCCUCAGCACUCCAACCAACCCCUUUGCCUACGAAGGCGCCAUCAACGCAAAAGUGCUGCAGCUCGUCUACAUCGCCAUCGCCGCCUUCGUGCUCAUCUACAUCUACGUGCUCUCCUGGUCGCUGGUCAGCCAGCGCCUGGCCCAGCGGCUGCGCGCGAAGUACGUCUCGGCCCUGCUGCGGCAGCCGCCGGGCUUCUUCGACGCACGCAGCAUGGCCGCCGCGGGCGAGGUCAGCAGCCGGCUGCACGGCGACAUGACGGCGGUGCAGGCCGGCACGUCGGAGAAGGUCGGCAUCCUGAUUGCGAGCCUGAGCUUCUUCGUGGCCUGCUACGUCGUGGCCUUCAUUAAGCAGCCGCGGCUGGCGGGCAUCCUGGUGUCGCUGAUUCCGGCGUUCCUGUUGAUGGCGCUCGGCGGGGGGUUCUUUGUGCAGAAGUAUGCUGCGCGGACGGCGGGGAGUGCGGCCGCGGCGAGCGACAUUGCCAGCGAAGCGCUGCAGCACGUCGCGGUUGUGCAGGCGUUUGGGGCGGCGCCGAGGCUGGAGAGGAAGUUUGCCGAGCAUGCUGCUGAAGCGAGGGCCGCCGGCAUCAAGAAAGGCGUUGCCGCGGCUGUGCAGGCCGGGUUGCUCUACUUCAUUGCCUAUUCGGCCAAUGCGUUGGCCUUCUGGCAGGGCAGCCGCAUGGUGGUGGACACUAUGAAUGGCCACGGCAGCGAGACGGUCGGGCAAAUUUACACGGUGGUGUUCCUGCUGGUAGAUGCCUGCGUAUGCCUGGGCAACAUCGCCCCCCUGCUGCCCAUCCUGGCCGGCGCCUCCUCUGCCUUCCAGCGGCUGAUGAAGGACAUUGAAGAGCCCUCGGCCAUCGACGGCACCUCCGACCAAGGCAUCGUCCUGCCCGCCAACACGCCGGGCCAAAUCACCUUCCACAACGUGUCCUUCACCUACCCGUCCCGCCCAGACCAGCCAGUGCUGCGCAACGUCAACCUCACCUUCCCCGCGGGCAAGCACACGGCGAUCGUCGGGCUCUCGGGCAGCGGCAAGUCGACCAUCGCGUCCCUGAUCGCCCGGCUGGCCGACCCGACGGAGGGCAAGAUCACGCUCGACGGCCACGACCUGCGCGACCUGAACGUGCGCUCGCUGCGGUCCUUCCUGUCCCUCGUGCAGCAGGAGCCCUCCCUGCUGGACCGCUCGAUCCUGGAAAACAUCGCCCUGGGGCUCGUCAACUCGCCCAAGCCGGAGCACCAGCCGCUCAAGGAAGUCCUGCUGCACAGCAACAGCAGCGCCCUCUCUGACCUGGCCAACAAGCUCGGCGCACAAGCAGCCUGCAUCAAUACUAGUAGUAGUACCCCUCCUCCUCCUCCUCCCUCUGACGAAGGCCACAUCACCACCACCACCACCACCACCACCGCCACCUCUCCUCCUGAGCUGAACCAUCUCCUGCAACUAAUCCAGCACUCGGCCGCGCAAGCCGACGCGCACACGUUCAUAACCCACCUUCCCCAGGGUUACGCAACCCCCGCGGGGCCGAAGGGCUCGCUGGUGUCUGGCGGCCAGCGGCAGCGGGUGGCGCUCGCGCGCGCGCUGAUCCGCGAUCCGCGCAUCCUGGUGCUCGACGAGGCAACGUCGGCGCUCGACUCGGCCAGCGAGCGGCGCAUCCAAGCGGCCGUCGAUCGCGUCGCGAGCGAGGGGACCAGGACGGUGGUCAGUAUCGCGCACCGGCUGGCGACGGUCAGGAAGGCGGACCGGAUUGUGGUGCUGGACGGCGGGCGGGUGGUGGAGGAGGGGGAUUAUGGGGAGUUGAUGGCCCGAGAGGGCGGGGUGUUUAAGGGGAUGGUGGGGUUGCAGAGUUUGAGUGGUGGCGAUGAGGAUAAUUCUGGGAGUAUGACGGUGGGUGGGGAGGAGGAUGGGGAAGAUAAUAAUACUGUUGAGGAGGAGGGUGGAGAGAAAGGAGUAGGUGAAAGGGGGGUCGUUGAGAAGGGGAGUCUCGACGCCAAGGAGACGGGCGUUGAAAAGGAGACGGUGAAGGAAAGGGAAGACGGAAAGAUAGACACAACGGACGACGACGACGCCGGCUGGGCCAGUGUCUUCCGCAGCCUGGGCCGGCUGGUGCGGCCGUCGCUGGCCUGGCUCGUGCUGGCGCUCUUCGCGGCCGUCAUCGUCGGCGGGACCUUCUCCGGGUCGGGCCUGAUCUUCGGCUUCACCAUCGGGGCGCUCAACCCGUGCAGCAACAGCGGCGACCGCAUCCUCGACAUGGGCAUGUUCUUCGGCGGCCUGCUGUUCAUGCUGGCCGUCGUCGAGCUGCUGGCCAACUUCCUCGCCUGGUCGUGCUUCGGCCUGCUCGCCGAGCGGCUGCUGUACGCCGCGCGCGUGCUGUCGUUCCGCUCGCUGAUGGAGCAGGGCGUGCCGUGGCACACGGCCGCCGGCCGCUCACCCUCGUCGCUGCUCGACAUCAUCACCAAGGACGGCGCGGCCAUCGGCGGCUUCAGCGGGUCGACCAUCGGCACCGUGUUCUCGAUUGUGGUCAACUUCGUCACGGCCAUCAUCCUGUCGCACAUCAUCAUGUGGAAGAUCGCCAUCGUGUGCCUAGCCAUCGUGCCCAUCCUGCUGUUUGCCGGCUUCAUGCAGCUGCGCAUGCUGGCGCGCUACGAGGAGCGCCACGCCGCGUCCUUCUCGCGCGCGACGGCCGUGGCGGUCGAGGCGGUGCAGUCCAUCAAAACAGUCGCGGCGCUGUCGCUCGAGCACGAGGUCAUGGGCUCGUACGCGCGCCUGCUGAAGAACACGCGCGACGAGAUGGUGCGCGCCGCGGCCUUCACCAACAUCUGGCUGGCGCUGGCCAACAGCAUGAGCUUUCUCAUCUACGCCUUCGCCUACUGGUGGGGGUCGCAGCGCAUCAUGGCCGGCGACGCCAACCAGACCCAGUUCUUCAUCAUCCUGGUCGCCAUGCUGGUCAGCGCCCAGCUGUGGGGCCAGAUGUUCACUCUCGCGCCCGAGUUCUCGCGCGCCCGCACCGCCUUCUCCCGCAUCCUGGCCAUCAUCCGCCUCGGCUCCGACAACACGCUCGACUCCAAGCACGAUCCGCACCCUCCUCCCAACCCCAACCCCGACCCGGAGUCCCCCCUUCACCUUUCAGUUCCCCCUUCUUCUUCUUCUUCUUCAAGUGGCUCCCAACAACCAGGCCUGCAAAUAACCUUCUCCUCCGUCUCCUUCGCCUACCCCUCGCGCCCCUCCGUGCCCAUCCUCUCCUCCCUGUCCUUCACCAUCCAGCCCGGACAAUUCAUCGGCCUCGUCGGCCCCUCCGGCGCAGGGAAAUCCACCAUCAUGUCGCUCGUGCAGGGCCUGUACCACCCAACAUCCGGGACCAUAGCCCUCGACGGCGUUCCCCUCUCCCCCUCCUCUCCCCUCCCGUUCCGAGAAAGCGUCGCCAUCGUGCCGCAGGACCCGGCCCUCUUCUCAGGCAGCGCCGCCUUCAACAUCAGCCUGGGCGGGCCGUCCCCGGACCCGGACCGUGAGGUCUCCCGCGCCGAGAUCGAGACGGCGUGCAGGCUGGCGGGCAUCCACGACGUGAUCGCGGCCCUGCCGCAGGGGUACGACACCGACCUGGGCAGCGGCGGGUCGCGGCUGUCGGGCGGGCAGCGGCAGCGCGUGGCGAUUGCGCGGGCGCUGGUGCGGAGGCCGCGGCUACUGUUGCUGGAUGAGAGUACGAGUGCCCUGGACGCGGCCAGCGAGGCGGCGCUGCAGGAGGGGCUGGAUCAGAUUGUGAGGCGGGGGACGACGGUGCUGGCCAUUACGCACAGGCUGCAUACCGUCAAGAAGGCGGACUGUAUCUUUGUUGUGGAGGGGGGUAGGGUGGUGGAUCAGGGCACGCAUGCCGAAUUGAUGGCGAGGCUGGAGAGUUAUCGGGUGAAUGCGAUGCAACAGAUGUUGCAGUGAAGGGACUUUUGGGUUCAUCCGAGUCGGGUACCUGAGAUAGUUAGAUGUGUCGGGAAAGGAGAGGUUCUAGGUGGAUAGCAUACCUACCUACCGGGUAAUAGAG